AGCCCGAAGCGUCGAGACAUAUUAAGAAUACGAUUCGGAGAACCAUGAAGACGGUUUUGGUGCUAACGUUUGUGAUGAUGAUGAUGUUUGGAGUGACAUUGGGCUUUGUAUUGGCCGAUGCUGACGAUGGUUACCUAUAUGGCGAGCCAUCAGGCGAACAGCUGCAGGAAAUCCGUGAGGUCAGUCGUCCCAGGAAGCACCGCUUGAAGCCACGUGUCUACCCAGAGCAUCCCUCCCUGGGUUGCGGGAAUGCCGAGGAGUCGGACCACGCCGCUGCCCUGACCACCUACCACGCCAACCGCCCCCAACCGCGUCGGAUUUACAGCCACCAGGAAGUCCAGGUGGACAGCUCGUUCUUUGAGCCCUCGCCCGAACGGAUCGAGGAACUCAAGCGGAUUUUGUUGGAUCAACAAUAAAGUGGAAUUUGUUUAAGAGCAAUCAUGGUUUACUUAGUAAGGAAAAAUCUAUGUAAGUAAGAUACAAAAGUAUGGUGAAGUAAAAAACUCUUUGACAUUUAGAAUCGUUUAAUAGUACCUCUUAUUAAUUCACCAUUAAGACAAUUUAUUUUUAUUUUCAAAUCAUUUCCGCUGAAUCAAAAAUGACUAUAAAUGUUUAUGUAGAAUCAAGAUAAUUAAUUUCUUAACUGACUCAUACACAUGACAACUUGGUCUCCUAUUUAGGAAAGAUAAAUGUUUGUUUUUAAUGUGUCAAUAUUUAGGUUGGACACUGUGGAAUGAAUUUAUUUAAUGUAGAUUCUUUAUAUU